ACACGUUAUGGCGGACAUACGCACAAAUGGAACGGAAGAGAUAGAUGAUACACUAAAACUGGAAGCUGAACAUCUCGCACAAGAGGUAGCUUAUGCUGUGCAUGACAUACAGUUAUCAUCAGUUCUCGGGGCAUUUGACGAUCGUGUAUAUAUCAACCUUACAACAAAGGAAAAGGAAAGCUUUUGUGUUCAACUCACGGCACAAGGAUUCAAGAUUGUUGGCAAAGAAUAUAAUAAAGUUGAUGAGAAGUGUUGUAAAGAUAAUCAGUGUUAUGAGACAUUAUAUUCUCUUCUGGACAAGGUCAGUCCACAGUACAGAGUCAGCUUUGGCAAUGUGUUGUUCCAGAAACUGGAAUCAUUGAAGAGCCAGCAAAGUGAUGGGGAAGAUGGAUGAAAGCACUCCAAGGGCCACUUGCACAAAGUAAUUGCUGGCAACACGUUAAAAUGCCAAUGGCAGUUACAAUCGGCUUAGCCUGUGAUCAUUUUGUGGAAGAAACUCAGAUCUAUAACCAACUAUUUAUAAGACAUAAAACUUGUUCAGAGUGGAUCUAAAAACAAUGACAACAGAUCUGUUAUCAUGCUAUAAUCAUAUGUACCAAGUCAAAGAUUGCGAAAAGUCUGUAUGGACGUAUGCGUUAAAAAGGAAUUUUUUUUACUAGAGUCUUGUACAGAAUAAACCUCUCAUUAAACAUAAAAUUUAACAUUUUGACAGUGACUAAUUCAAAUGGUGGAACUUUGGAGGCAUUUCUCUUCCAGUACGUCAACCAUGGCAACUAACAACAUUUAUCCAACAGUGUAUGGUGCGGUGGUUGUAAGAGCUAGAUGAUGUACCCAGGUAGUAGCAGGUUACUGGUAAAUAGAGAGAAAAACGACAACUAGACUAGUAAUCAGCCAACAUUUAAUCAAAAAGUAGUCUGUCCAGAAAACUAUUACAUUUAUUUUAUUCUCUUUUUUUUAAGAGGCAGAUGUCAUGGAUUGGAAAUACAACAAGUGUAAAAUCAGAAACAGAUGGAAAGACAUAUGCUUGUUUAAUUAUUAAAUAUUUGAUAAAAUAUGAUGAGAAUGUUACAUAGAAUACAUGCCUAAAGCACCAAGGUUAUCAGAAUGACAAGAAAUUGAUUCUGAACAUGUAUUAAUAUAAAGAUCUACAGUAGCUUAUUUUUAUUUUUGUAUGAAAAUGAUUAAAUCAUUGUAUUCAUGAUUUUUUAACGUACUGUUACACACAUACACACAUAUAAUCAUCUCUAUACAUGUAUGUGUUAGCCGACUGGAAAUUAUAUUAAUACAUAGAUCUGGAAACCACUGUUCUUAUUUUUGUAUCAAAAUAUGUAUAUUAUUGAGUUCAUGACUGUUUAAAGCACUUUAAUUCACAUAUGCCAUGUUCUCCACAUUGUACCACAGUUCCACUGUUGGUUAAAUCUUCAGUGUACGUAGAAUGUACCUGCAGAUUCCACCCUGAUGUACAUGUACAUGUGUAUAUAUAGGCUAGGAGUUGUGAAUAAAUACUUGUCAUUUAAGGUAACAUGAAAAUUUAUAUUUUUUGUUACUGUAAAUUUUCCUUCACUUAUUGCAUGCUGGCAUGGGAUUUGACAUCCGAUGACGAGAAAAAACAAAACAACAAAACAAUAAUACCACUCUCACAAGUGAAAUGCUUAACAAAGAUAAAAAAUUAUUAAAACAUGACUAAAUGAUAAUGAUAAUGUGUGAAAACUUAUCUCUGUGGACCCAAAUACCAUAUCUUAAAGCCACUUGCUAAUACUGUUCAACAAAGUGGAUCACAAAGAAGCACUGCACUGUCUUUGUUUGAACUAAGAUAGGAGAUCAUGUAACUGUGGUUAAGAACUUUGAUAAUCAGUGACAAAUCUGAAACCUGUAUUAUUACCACAUGGCUUGCAAACAUAGUUCGAAAACAAAUUAGUGCAUACCAGCUUCUACUAUUGCCAAGUUAGUGUUCAAUUUAGAAACGCUUUCACAAAAGCAUGUGCUACAAUAUGGUGUUUUGUCAAAUACCACCCCCUCCCCAUUCAAAACAACAACAAUGAACUACUUCAAGAGCCAAGUGUCAAAAACAUUGCGGCAUGCACCACUAACCCUUUAAUACAUUUAGAUACCCAAUGGUACUUCACAUCUCAUGAAGUUUCCUCACGUAAAACAAUAAUGCCUUGUACAAUGAUCAUUUUAUUAAUAGUACUCGAGUAAUUUCUUGGCAAAAGGACUAGUAUGCAAAGUAGAUACAUGUAUUACACUCUGCACCGGAUGAUAGCUCCACAAUUCCAGGAUAUGCUGGAAAUCUCGUGUGCACAAGAAAAAUUAAAACCACCAACUCAAAAAGUAUUGUUACAAUCAAUUAAAUAAAAAAAAAAUCGUAAAGUUUGGCAAGCAUGCAUGAUUUUGUAAAAUAACAAAACCUGAA